AUGAAUGUGACGGCACCUCUGCUGCUGCUGCUUCUCACUGCUUGUAUAGCCAGCGGUGCUCUGCUGCCCAAGGCAUUAUGGCAGUUUGGGAAGAUGAUCCAGUGCCCCCAGCCCACUGUUAACCCCCUGGCCUACAACGAUUAUGGCUGCUGGUGCGGCUUUGGCGGCAGUGGAACCCCUCGGGAUGAACUAGACAUGUGCUGUAAGGUUCACGACAAAUGCUACGAAGCGAGCAGAAAGAAGCCCGGGUGCACGGCCAUCGCCGACCUGCCUUACGUUCUGCUUUAUGAUUUCACCUGCUCAAACCAACAAGUGACCUGCUCAGCGACCAACAACAAGUGCCAGGCUGCUGUGUGCGAGUGUGAUCGGGUGGCGGCUCACUGCUUCGCUCAGAGCACAUACAACCCUGGAAACAAGAACCUGGAUUCCAAGGUCCACUGUGUCAACUGAGUUGUGCAACUUGUCAACCCCCCCCCCCC